AUGGCUUUCCGCUUCCGUAAUGCCAUCCCCUAUGCCAUACCUGGAGUGCUGGCACUUCUUGGCUGCUGGUGGAUGUAUUCCCAUAGAAAAAAGCAUGCAAGCUAUCACGACAAGCAAACAAUAGCCACCGAAGAGGAGCAGCAGGAAGAAGUGCCAGGGAAUAAUUCCUCACCCAAAACGGAAGCGUGUGUUCCUCGAAGACUGCUUCACUCGUCAGAAGAGGAAUGCCCAGAGAAUGAAACCUCGACCUUCCUGCUGUCAGCAGGGUCGAUGACGCCCUCUCUUCUGUGUCAAACUCACGAGAGGCUAGAUCUCUCACAGGACUUUUCAGGCCUGUCAGUAACGACGAUUCAGCCCAGCACCCUUGAGGACGACAGUGAAAAACUAGAAACAGUAGGGUCUCAAGAUGAAAGCAGCGUCCCUGCUUGUGUUUGUCCCCCUCUGAUCUCAAAGAGCACAGUGUGUCACGGCAGUGCUGCAGUGAGCCUUACACAGGAUUCAGGCUCUAGUGGAAGCCUCCAUCAGUGGCCAUCGGCACCACUGACACCGACGCAAGAGUCUUUGGGCAUCACUAAGGAGAUCAGCAAUGCAGAGCAGUCAGAUGAUUCUUCGUUUAAGCCUCCUAAGGAAGUCCAGAUGCCAGAAAUUAUGCUGUCGGAUACUGGCUCUGUGGCAUUACUUUGCUUGGGAUUGGAGAAAGAAGCCAAUACCGCACAAGCCUUUGUCAAUAAUGAAGUUGUAUCGAGUCACAGGGAUUCUGCAGUGAGCGUGUUACCACAUCGGUUGGAGUCUGCCUGUUUGGAGCAGUCCAGGGAAGAAGAGUCAAUUGCCAGUUCUGUACCUGCGUGUCAGGAGGAGGACGUGCAGCCAAAAGGAGAUGAAUUGGGAAGAGCGAAGGUUGGAGGAGUGAGUUUGGACAAGGAAGAAGUUGAGAAAAUUGAGCAAGUAGCAAUACAGAUAAUUUCCAAGGUCAUUUUGGCAGCAACUGAGGAAGUGCUGUCUGGUGCUGCAGGUGACGUGUCCGCUUGCAUCUGCCAGGCCACUGCCAGCCGAGUUGAGAGACCUUUGGAGAUGGCCGGUGCUGUUUCCUCUGCUCAGAUGCUUGCAGGGGAAGCUACAGGAGCCAGUGAGAACAUUGCUGCCGAGAGCGCUGCUGCGGUACUGGCAUCCCCACAGGCAGAGAAGCAGGAUCAGUGUGUGACAGAUUCCGGCUGUUUAACACGUGGCUGUUUGUCCAGCCCUGUUCAGGGAGACACAAAAGACUGUCGGAUGAAGAACCGUGUGUGCAGUGAGUCCCAACAAGUUGGUCGGACUCCUGUGGAAAACCAUGGAGGGUCACUGGAAAAGUCACCUUUGGUUAUGGGGGACUCUGGGUGCAGCGUAUAUGCAUCUGAAGGUGGGACGACUGGGGAGGACCCACUGCAGAACACAAUGCUGUCUGUCGCAUCAGGCCAGCAUUUGGACUCACUGAGUGUAUCUGCUACCCAAGACAUGUCUGCUGAGCAGAGCUCAGUACCAAGUGAAAAAUGUCCUACUCUGAAGCUACCUGAAGGCAGCGAAACGCCGUACAGUAAUGGGAUACAGGAUGGUCCAGACUCGCAUCACGAGUGUGGCAGGGCAGCAGGGAUGGAUGGAGGUCACUCGGGAGGUUCGGAUGUAAAUAGCGUGGAUUUUGUGGACAGUGGCUGUGCCAUGAGAAAGACGAUGACUCACCAGAACUCGAAGCUCGGAGGAAAAUCCAGCAAGUCCGACUUCGUUAUCUGGGAAAUAGAGGUCCCAAAGGAAUUAGUUGGCCGCCUGAUUGGCAGACAAGGAAGAUUCAUGAGUUUCUUGAGGCAAAUGUCUGGUGCCAAAAUCUAUGUCUCGACACUACCUUAUUUCCGUGACUCCCAAGUCUGUCACAUCGAAGGCUCCACGCAUCAAGUAGAAAAAGUACUGAGCUUGAUUGGCAAGAAGUUCAAAGAGCUGUGUCUCACCAACAUCUACGCUCUGCCUCCACCAACACCGAUGACACUUCAUUCCCUCCUGAUGACUGCCUGGCUGUUCCUCCCGGAUGGAGUCACUGUAGAGGUGGUCGUGGCGAACCAAGUUGAUGCAGGCCACAUGUUUCUCCAGCAGCACACACACCCCACUUUCCAUGUCCUGCGUAGUCUCGACCAGCAGAUGUAUGCCUGCUAUUCUCAGCCUGAAAUUCCAACCCUGCCAACUCCAGUAGAAGUUGGUAUUAUCUGUGCAGCUCCAGGCCUGGAUGGGGCAUGGUUACGGGCUCAAGUCAUCAGCUACUUCGAAGAGACCAAUGAAGUGGAGCUCAGAUAUGUGGACUAUGGAGGAUAUGACAAAGUGAAGGUUGACACACUCAGACAAAUCAGGUCUGAUUUUUUAUCACUACCCUUCCAAGGAGCAGAAGUUUUACUAGACAAUGUGGUGCCACUUCCAGAUGAGGAUCGCUUCUCAUCCGAAGCAGACGCCGCCGUUAGUGAGAUGACCAGAGGCGCCGUCCUAGUGGCGCAGGUACGUGAGAGCUCCCUGGAAGCGUCCUGUGGCUG